ACCUACCAAAGUGAUAGUGCGCGUAACCCCGUUGUUCUAGAACUUGCACUGAACGUCUGAACCCCUCUACCUCUCUUUAUAAUUCUAUCAUCAACUUCUAGUUGCUUCCACUUCUAAGUUCUAACUACUCUCCCUCAAAAAAAAAAUCCCAGAGAAUUAAUAUUUUUUUUUUCUAAUCGUCUCAUAGAAGAAAAUGGGUGGAGGCAAUGGUCAAAAAUCCAAGACAGCUCGUGAGCGUAACUUGGAAAAAAAUAAGCCUGCUAAAGGAAGUCAACUAGAAGCGAAUAAAAAAGCGAUGAAUAUUCAGUGCAAAGUAUGUAUGCAGACAUUUAUCUGUACUACAUCAGAUGUGAAAUGCCGAGAACAUGCUGAAGCGAAGCACCCAAAACACGACGUCUAUGCAUGUUUUCCACAUCUCAAGAAAUGACCCCUGUUUCUGAUUAUUGUAAGUUGUAUGUAUGCUAAUUUAAGAUGGAAGCUGCUGUCCAGUAAAGAAAAAAGGGUGGAUGUUUUUCUUUUCUUGUUUUGACAUUGGUGAGAGAAGGAUGGGAAGUUGCUGUUCGAUAAUAAAUGAUAUAAAAGAAAAGAUGAGAAGCUGGUGAUUUUCCA